GAGGAGAAGGAGGAGGCGGCAGAUGAGGAGGACUAGUGUGGGGCGGAAAGGAAGAGUGAGAAGCGAGAGAGCAAGUUGAGAGGAGGGGGUGUAAGAGCCGGCGCAUUCUUUUUCUUUUUCUAUUAUUAUUUUGGCGACUCUCGAGUUGCGCCCAUGCUCUUCUCAGCUUCGUUUUAGGCAUAACAUGGCCCGGCAGAAGAAAAUGGGGCAAAGCGUGCUCUGGGCAGUCUUCUUUUUCGUCCUGGGGCUUUUGGGUCAUUCUCACGGAGGAUUCCCCAACACCAUCAGCAUAGGUGGACUUUUCAUGAGAAACACAGUUCAGGAGCACAGCGCUUUCCGCUUUGCUGUGCAGUUAUACAACACCAACCAGAACACCACUGAGAAGCCUUUCCAUCUGAAUUACCACGUAGAUCACUUGGAUUCUUCCAAUAGUUUUUCUGUGACUAAUGCUUUCUGCUCCCAGUUCUCAAGAGGGGUGUAUGCAAUCUUUGGAUUCUAUGACCAGAUGUCAAUGAACACCCUGACCUCCUUCUGUGGGGCUCUGCAUACGUCCUUUGUCACCCCCAGCUUCCCCACUGAUGCAGAUGUGCAGUUUGUCAUCCAGAUGCGUCCAGCCUUGAAGGGCACUAUUCUGAGUCUUCUGGGUCACUACAAGUGGGAGAAGUUUGUAUACCUUUACGACACAGAACGAGGAUUUUCCAUCCUACAAGCAAUUAUGGAAGCAGCAGUGCAAAACAACUGGCAAGUGACAGCGAGGUCUGUGGGAAACAUAAAGGAUGUCCAAGAAUUCAGGCGCAUCAUUGAAGAAAUGGACAGAAGGCAAGAAAAGCGAUACUUGAUUGACUGCGAAGUUGAAAGGAUUAACACAAUUUUGGAACAGGUUGUGAUCCUGGGGAAACAUUCAAGAGGUUAUCACUACAUGCUUGCUAACCUGGGUUUUACCGACAUUUUACUGGAAAGAGUCAUGCAUGGGGGAGCCAACGUUACAGGUUUCCAGAUUGUCAACAACGAAAACCCUAUGGUUCAACAGUUCAUACAACGCUGGGUGAGGCUGGAUGAAAGGGAAUUCCCUGAAGCCAAAAACGCACCACUAAAGUAUACAUCUGCAUUGACACACGAUGCAAUACUGGUCAUAGCAGAAGCUUUUCGCUACCUGAGGAGACAGCGAGUGGAUGUUUCCCGAAGAGGCAGUGCUGGAGACUGCUUAGCAAAUCCUGCUGUGCCCUGGAGUCAAGGAAUUGAUAUUGAGAGAGCUCUGAAAAUGGUACAAGUACAAGGAAUGACUGGAAACAUUCAGUUUGACACUUAUGGACGUAGGACAAAUUAUACCAUCGAUGUGUAUGAAAUGAAGGUCACUGGCUCUCGGAAAGCUGGCUACUGGAAUGAGUAUGAGAGGUUUGUACCUUUCUCGGAUCAGCAAAUCAGCAAUGACAGUGCAUCCUCAGAGAACAGGACCAUAGUAGUGACGACCAUUCUGGAAUCACCAUAUGUAAUGUAUAAGAAGAACCAUGAGCAACUGGAGGGAAAUGAGCGAUAUGAAGGCUAUUGUGUAGAUUUAGCAUAUGAAAUCGCCAAACAUGUAAGGAUCAAAUACAAAUUGUCCAUUGUUGGUGAUGGGAAAUACGGUGCUAGGGAUCCAGAGACUAAAAUAUGGAAUGGCAUGGUUGGAGAGCUUGUCUACGGGAGAGCUGAUAUAGCUGUUGCUCCACUUACUAUAACACUGGUCCGUGAAGAAGUCAUAGAUUUCUCAAAACCAUUUAUGAGCCUGGGCAUCUCCAUCAUGAUAAAGAAGCCUCAGAAAUCAAAACCAGGCGUGUUCUCAUUUCUGGAUCCCUUGGCUUAUGAAAUCUGGAUGUGCAUUGUCUUCGCUUAUAUUGGAGUCAGCGUAGUUCUUUUCCUAGUCAGCAGAUUCAGCCCUUAUGAAUGGCACUUGGAAGACAACAAUGAAGAACCUCGUGACCCACAAAGCCCUCCUGACCCUCCAAAUGAAUUUGGAAUAUUUAACAGUCUUUGGUUUUCCUUGGGUGCCUUUAUGCAGCAAGGAUGUGAUAUUUCUCCAAGAUCACUCUCCGGGCGCAUUGUUGGAGGGGUUUGGUGGUUCUUCACCCUGAUCAUAAUUUCUUCAUAUACGGCCAAUCUUGCUGCUUUCCUGACUGUGGAGAGGAUGGUUUCUCCCAUAGAGAGUGCUGAAGACUUAGCUAAGCAGACUGAAAUUGCAUAUGGGACCCUGGACUCCGGUUCAACAAAAGAAUUUUUCAGAAGAUCUAAAAUUGCUGUGUAUGAGAAAAUGUGGUCUUACAUGAAAUCGGCAGAGCCAUCUGUGUUUACCAAAACAACAGCAGAUGGGGUGGCCCGAGUGCGGAAGUCCAAGGGAAAGUUCGCCUUCCUGCUUGAGUCAACCAUGAAUGAGUACAUUGAGCAGAGAAAACCGUGUGAUACGAUGAAAGUUGGUGGAAAUCUGGAUUCCAAAGGCUACGGUGUGGCAACCCCUAAAGGCUCAGCAUUAAGAACGCCUGUAAACCUUGCAGUAUUGAAACUCAGUGAACAAGGCAUCUUAGACAAGCUGAAAAACAAAUGGUGGUACGAUAAGGGGGAAUGUGGAGCCAAGGACUCCGGGAGUAAGGACAAGACGAGCGCUCUGAGCCUGAGCAAUGUGGCAGGCGUUUUCUAUAUACUUGUCGGAGGUCUGGGGCUGGCCAUGAUGGUGGCUUUGAUAGAAUUCUGUUACAAAUCUCGGGCAGAGUCCAAACGCAUGAAACUCACAAAGAACACCCAAAACUUUAAGCCUGCUCCUGCCACCAACACUCAGAAUUAUGCUACAUACAGAGAAGGCUACAACGUGUAUGGAACAGAAAGUGUUAAGAUCUAGGGGUACGGUUAAGAUCCUUUCCCACUGGAGGCAUGCAGUGAGAGGAAAUCACGGAAAACGUGGCUGCUUCAAGGAUCCUGAGCCAGAUUUCACUCACCUUGGUGUCGGGCAUGACACGGAUAUUGCUGAUGGUGCAAUGACCUUUCAAUAGGAAAAACUGAUUUUUUUUUUCCUUCAGUGCCUUAUGGAACAUUCUGAGACUUGCAAAAAUGCGAACCAUCAUUGAAAUCUUUUUGCUUUGCUUGAAAAAAAUUAAAAUAAAAACCAACCAAAAAAAUGGACAUGCAAGAUUUCAGUCUGAGAAAAAAAUCUUACUAAAAAAGUCAAUUCAACAAAAGCCAUUCUUUGAUACCACUGCACAGUAUACAAACACCAUGUUCUUUAAUACACACACACACACACACACACACGCAAAUUUAAAACUCCAGUUUAGCAAAUAGGCCCACUCAUCUUAGCUAAAAGAAUUAAUUCCUCCUGAUUAAAAAAAAAAUAUAUAUAUAUAUAUAUACAUAUCUGUCUCCUUGUGUUUGGGAAGACAGACUGGCAUUUCUUCUAGGAUCUGCUGACCAGAUGUUUUUGGUGUUUCCUGUUGGUGGUGAUAUUCUGUAUACCCUAUUUCCUUUCAAUGUUGCUGAAAUGUGUAUAUCUUUAGAAUGUAAAUGCAACACUUAUGAAAAUUCAAAUGCUUU